AUUAUUAUUAAUAAGAAGUAGAAUGAAUGGUGGCCGCCCGCCAGUCCAACCGACGAAGGCCGGGGCAAGGCGUCAGCAGCCACCUUCCACUUCGUUUUCACAUUCAUGUAACGGAAGCUCUCUGCUUCAUUGCUCCAGACAGUCGAUUAAAUGCAUGACACAUCUCUCGCUAGAACAAGCAUUCAAUUCCGGUUCUGCCCGAGAGGAUCUCUGCUUUUGCAAGGAAUUUAAAAUUGAAGGCUACUUACUACUCUGUUUGAGACUUCGUGUUCCCGCAAUAUCUUCCCCAGAAAAUGGAGAUUUUCCGGCUAAAUUUGCUGUUUUUCUUGCUUUCUCUCCUCGCUUUCCAUGUCCUUCUUCCGGCUUCGACCGCCCAAUUAUCUGCCCCCGAAACCAGAAUCCUUUUUCAGCUCCGGCAAAUGCUCGAAUACCCGCAAGGUCUUCAGGGAUGGAAUAACUGGACCAACUUCUGCUACUUGCCGCCGUCGCCCUCGCUGGCGGUCGUCUGCUCGGAAAAUCACAUUACUCAGUUAACCGUCGCCGGAGACAGAGUUUUCCAAAAACUGUCCGACAGAUUCUCCAUUGACUCGUUUUUCACUGUUUUGACGAAGCUCUCCAGGUUGGAAACGUUGUCUCUUGUUUCGUUAGGAAUUUGGGGCCCGUUGCCGGAGAAGAUCAGCCGCCUCAGGUCGCUUCAGGUUCUCAACAUCAGCUCGAACUUCAUUACCGGCGAGAUUCCGGCGUCCAUCGAUGGGAUGAAGAAUCUCCGGAGGCUCGUUCUCGCCGGUAACUCGUUCAAUGGAAGUGUUCCAGAUCUCGCCGGAUUACAAUCUCUUCAAGAGCUGGACAUCAAGAACAACUCUCUCAGAUCUCCAAUUCCGCCAUGGAUCAAAGAUUUGAAUCUUCUUCAACGAUUCGACGCCUCUCUAAACAAGCUCGUCGGCCCGAUUCCACCUUCUUUGUUUUCUCUGCCGUCAAUUCAGUUUCUCAACCUCGCCGGCAACCAGCUCAGCGGCGCUCUUCCGUCAAAUCUUUCUUGCGGUUCCAAUCUCCGUUUUGUUGACGUUUCCCGGAACCUCUUGAUCGGAAAUUUGUCUGGCUGCAUCGGAUCAAGCUCGAAGAACAGGACGGUGCUCAGCUCCUGGAACUGUCUCGCCAGCGGAGGCUCCAGAUAUCAGCACCCGUACAGAUACUGCCGGAAAGAAGCGUUGGCCGUUAUGCCUCCGAUUAUUGAUAAAAAAUCGGGGAAAUCCGCCAUGAAAGUUGGAUUGAUUCUGGGAAUUGUAGGGGGAAUAACUGGGGCUGCCGGAGCUACUGGAAUUCUGAUUUUGGCGGUUCUCAGAAGAGCCGGAAGAAGCCAUGCUAAUGGCUUGAAAACCGACAGCUUUGCGUUCGAGAAAACCUCUGUUAGGAGCUCGCCUGUCGUCAAUGGAAGAAAUGUUCCCCAGAUCUUGAGAUCGCCGGCAUUAGGUCUGCCGCAGUAUCAUGUCUACACAUUGGAGGAGAUGGAAGAUGCAACAAACUACUUUGACCCAUCAAAUUUGGUGGGAGAAGAAUCUCAUGGACAGCUCUACAGGGGGUGGCUUAGAGAUGGGUCAACGGUGAUGGUGAAGUGUGUGAAGAUGAAGCAGAAGUAUACGCAUCAGAGCUUGCAGCAGCACAUGGAGGUGGUAUCAAAGCUGAGGCAUAGGCAUUUGGUCAGUGUUCUGGGGCACUGUAUUGAGACAAAACAGGACCACCCCAACACAGCCAACACUGUGUUCAUUGUGCUUGAACAUGUCUCAAAUGGGUCUCUCAGGGAUCUCCUCACUGAUUGGAGGAGGAGGGAGUAUCUCAAAUGGCCACAGAGAAUGGGGAUUGCCAUUGGCAUUACCAGGGGAAUCCAGUUCUUGCACACUGGGAUCGUGCCAGGAAUAUUUGGCAACGAUUUGAAGAUUGAGAACAUACUCUUGGAUGAGAGUCUUGCAGCAAAAAUCAGCAGCUAUAACAUCUCCUUCCAAUCAAAGGCAGGUUCUGAGAGCCCUUUCAAUGGACCAGAUGCUUCCAAACGGGUUCACAGCAAUGGGAACCCAGAAGAGAAUGACAUUUAUCAACUGGGUGUCAUCCUGCUUGAGGUAAUUACUGGUAAAUCGAUCACAUCGGCUAGCGAAUUGGAUAAGGUCAAGCUUCAGGUUGAAAGAAGCUUAGCCGAGUCACCAACACGAUUACGAGAGGAAAUAGAUCGGGCCAUCUGGGGGACAUUUGCUCAUGAAUCCCUAAAAACAGCGAUUGGAAUCACCAUGAAAUGCCUCAGCAAGGACGCAACCUCAAGGCCAAACAUAGGAGAUGUCCUUUGGCACUUGCAGUAUUCAAUUCAAGUACAGGAGGAUUGGACUAGCAGUGGGAAUCUGAGUACAAAACUGUAGUGCCUGUGCCCCCACCUAACUUGUAAAGUAUUACAACCUGCUUGCUGUUCAUGGUCAUUGUUAGGAACAUUCCUACCAAACCUCUUGGCUGGUCAGUGACUCUAUUAUGUAAAGUGUGUUGUUGCCCAUAUUGAAUAUGGUUAUCUACCAUGCAUGUGCUGCCUGGAUUAGGGUGUUACAUCAACAAUAAUAAGAUAUCUCAGUCUUCAUUCUGCUAUGUGAAUGGAAUAUGUGAAUUUUGACUUGCUUAU